AGUAGUGAGCAAGCACUGCGGAUCUGUUGCCACAGCGGAGCCUACUAGGUCUGCCGGCGAUGCUGUACAAACACCGCCCGAAGUGUGUACAGAUUCCCAGACAGACAGCGGGAGGGAACUGGCAGCGACCACUGGGUUGCUUUAUCACUGGGAGACCAAGAGCUCAAGCGGGGCUUCUGUGCCCUGCUUCUUCUCUGGCCUGAGUUGGAUCCAGGACCAGCUGCUGUGCUUCUGUUCACUCCGGCACUGUCCUCACAUCUCUCCGUCAUGACCCACCUGCUCACAGUGUUCCUGGUGGCUCUGUUGGGCCUGCCCGUGGCCCAGGCUCUGGAGUGCCACGUGUGUGCCUACAAUGGAGACAACUGCUUCAAACCCAUGCGCUGCCCAGCCAUGGCCACCUACUGUAUGACCACACGAACUUACUUCACCCCGUACCGGAUGAAGGUGAGGAAGUCCUGUGUUCCCAGUUGCUUUGAAACCGUGUAUGAUGGCUACUCCAAGCACGCAUCAGCCACCUCCUGUUGCCAGUACUACCUCUGUAAUGGUGCUGGCUUCGCUACCCCAGUGACCUUAGCCCUGAUCCCGGCACUCCUAGCUACCUUCUGGAGCUUGCUGUAAAGCUCUGUUCUCCAAGCCAGAUCCAUUCAAACUCAACGCUCUUAAAACACACACACACACACACACACACACACACACACACACACACACACACAAACACACACAGUUGCCCCCCUCGCCCAUUCCCUCCACCUAACCCUCUUCCCUCUGAGACUCAUGGCUAUCUACAAAAGGACUGAUGGCACCCAGACACCUCACUCCAAGGUCAUUUUCAGAAGGCUGAUGUAUAGACCUGUAAUUUGUGCUUAGCCAUGGGUGGAGCAGGCUGGGCUCCUCCUCUACCCAGGAUCAGGAACAUCUGGGAAAGUAUUGUUUAUGGGGGAGGGGUCAUCACUCAAGUCAAGGAACACUGAUUGGAUAGAAUUAGUAGCCAAACUCCACCUUCAUAGCAUCACGACCCUGCCUCAGUCUACCUAGUAGAGAAUGGGUCUGCUAGAGGGGGGGGCAAAGAUAAUGAACUGGCUAGAAGCAGAGAAAGACUCAGCAGAGCUGUCUCCUAAGUCCAGUGGCUUCCCAGAGCAAAUAUGAUAUGGAAGCCAUGUGAGGAAGCCCUUUGUCAUUUCCACCUAGCUGAGAAACUCUGCCAGACCUGCUGUCAGGGUAGGGAUAGCGAUUGGCCAAGGGUCGCUAGCAACGGCUUCAUUUCCGUAGGCCACUGAGAUCCCUCCAGCCCCAGCUCAACAGGCCCUUUGAUGUCCACUACAGUCCCUCAAUCACACACUGGCUGCUGGGCCUUGAGGCUGGCAGAGACAUGGGAGCAAGUGAUUCAUGCUAUAUGUGUCUGGCCUGUGCACUGGCCAGAGUUAUUCUGGGAAUGGCAAGGAAGGAUCAGAAGCAGGUCAGAGUAGGUUAAUAGGGUGACUGAGACAGGGUGGGGGAGCAGACUCCAGCCAGUUUCCCAGGUCCCCUAGGCAGGUCCUAUGUCCUCCGGUCUCUUGGUAAAUUAUCAGGAGACAAAUGUACAGGGAGCCAGCCCAAGUGCCCGUGAAGUCUAUUGUGGCUGAAGACUGCUGGGUACCAAGCCUCGGGAGAACCCAGCCCAGAUUUAGGAGACACAGAUCUGCCUUUCAUGCAGUGUAGCUGUCCCUGGGAGCCUUACCCUGCUCUCUAACUAGUACUCCAACUCAUGUGCCAACGAGGAACCCCCUAAAGCUGGCUCAGCCCAGGGGUCAGGAUGCUGGCCAGUGUCUAUGUAGUGGGAUUAUUCAUGGAGAGUCCUUGAGUUACCACAUUCUGCUGGUCACCACGUCUUGAAUGUUUUCUUCAGACCUCCCAGUGGUGGAAGCUCAGGACACAAAGGCCCAUCUUGGGGACUUUCCUCCCUGUCUGCUACUAGAGCUGAUGUGGUUUUCUGCCUUGGUUUCCUCCUCCGGGGAUAGGCCACUGGAGGAUGUGGGAAGGUGGGGAAGGCAUCCUGCUGAGGGGCUUGCCUAGAAUCUCAGGAACAGGAACUGUGGGGCUUUAUUUGUUACACAGGUGAAUUGGGUGGGAAAUGGCCUGGAGUUGAGGAGACAUUGACUACCCAGAGGGAAGGUGAGUCUCAAGGGAGGCCAGAAAGAGGGAGGAAGGAGCACACAUGCACAUGUGCACCCAGGCAGUGGCUACAGAGCCCAAAAAGCAGCACUGGCAGUGGUGGGCCCUGAGGCCUAGGCAGGAUGCUAAGAGGAAGCCAGUGCUGCCCCCACCUGAGCUUGCAUGGAACACAUGUAUGCAUGCACACACACACACACACACACACACACACACACACACACACCACUAGCAGCAAGCAAGCAGCCAGCAUUGGGACUGACCAGUGGAAGCCAUAGGGCACUGGCAAGGAGGGUCAGAGGCGGGCCCCUGACUCAGUGGGUGAGGCCUGGGAAACAUUAUCCUGUUACCCUGCUUGUGCAAGUUCAUUGUCCCCAGUUAGAUGGCAUCCUCAGCCAAAACUGGGAGGAACCGGAGAUCAGGUCCUCCCUCCUACCACAAGGGGGUGCUGUAGAAGAGGCUUGGUCAUCUGUGGCCCCAAAGCGAAGUGCUGAGGGUGCUGCAGUGUUGAGGGCAUCUUAUUUCACUUGUGUCUGGACACUGACCAGAUAGGCUCCACAGUGGCCACACUGCCACUCAGCCCUAUAGGAAGCCCCGUGCCUAGCUAGCCUGUCCUUGGUGCUUAGCACAGAGCCCCAAAAGGUGCUCAAUCAAUACAGGGCCAAGCCUGCCAGUGAGGGAUGCAAAUAGAACAGUCCCAGAUGGCCUGUCCUGAAUCCCAUCUGGGGCCAUGUGAUGAACAUCUGUCUAGCCCAGUGCAGGUGGCUCUGCAUACUCCACAGCAGUUGUGCAAAAGUGUAUGGGGUGGUCAUUACUGUGCCUCUUUGACAGGUAAAGACAUUGAGGCACGGAGGAGUAGGGCACUUUAUUUUCCUGGGCCAUUCAUCUUUCCAGUACCCAUCCAACUAUGGGUACUCCUCCAACAGUUCGGGUUCUUUGAGGCUGGGCACCCUCAAGAUGAUAAUGGCUUCAUAAAUCAGAGAAUUUCAGAGUGCAGUGUUGUAAGAGCCAAUGAACCUGAAACUCUAGAACUGGACGUUUGAGGGGCUGAGGGGUAGGCCAAGAGGUAGGCCAGCUUUGUGAAUGGAUACGGAGAGGGGUGCGGCAUGGGAUGGGGUAGUAGAGAGAAGUACAAAGGAACGUCAGCCUUUGUCGGGGCUAAUGCUCUCAGGAACUAGGGCUCAAGUCCACCAGAGAGAAGCGGUCCGUCGCUGUCUCUGUGACUGGCUUCUCCAAAAGCAGACAAGGAGGGAGGCACACAGCCCCCAUGUCUUCAUCUUCUGCAGCAAGCGCAUGAGUUCACAUCCUGAGACUCUAGGAAGGUUUCCAGGACUUAGGUGGCCCUUUGCUUCGGUGCGUGGUUACUUCCUGGUAAACACCAUGGUGUCCCGCAGCACUGAGUGACCUGGGCUCCUCAAGCACAGACUCGUUUUCCAGCUUUCUCAUUGGUGAGAUGACAGUGACAGUACUCUCUCAGCUGGCUCUUGGAGGCUCCAAAGGAUGCAUGGACACGUGAUGCCUGGCACUCCCCUUGGUUGUGUCUCUGCCAACCCCAGGCUCUCACCCAGCAAGGACAUGAAAUCCGAUUUUAUGCCACAGCUCCUUUCCCCCAGCUCCAUCUACCUAUACGUCAGAGCGGUCCCAUCAAUGUCCGUCCCCCAUUGAAUGAAUAAAUUAAGUGAAGGACA